AUGACCGGCGAGACUCCUGAAUCUAGUAUAGUGUACGAGGAUCCCAUUGAAAUUCCUUUAGAUGAUGAUUCCGAUGAUGAACAACCAUCACAACAAGAUCACAAUGAUUUAAGAAGUAGCACUAACACUCCAUUAGCAGAAAGGGCAGCUACUAUCGACGGUGAAGAAGAUGUGGACGGGGAUGAUGACAUUGAAUCGAAUAAUAGCGUAAAGACUGUGAAGAUUGAUGGCAAAGAUGUACAAUUAAGUUACGGAAAGACAAUGGCUGGAACAAAGGUUCCAAAACAUCUCUUAGAAAGGAGAAGGAUUGGACGUAUCAAAGCCGCUGAAGCUUUUGCUAAGAAAUUAAAGAAAAUUGGUAUUGAAAAAAUUGAAAAUAUAACACUACCACAAACCGGUUUAUUUCAACCUUUAAAUUUAAUCAAUCAGAAAAAUUAUUCAUCUGAUUAUAUAAGGAAAGAUGAUCAAAUUUUUGCCCUCAGAGAAAGAAAGACUUUAAGAAGUAGUACUAAUGCGAACAAUAAUAAUACAAGCACUCCAAAAGCAGUUGUCGAUUUAAAGACCGGUGUGAUGGAUGACGAAAUCGAUUUAAAUGACCCAAAUUCAACUAUCAUUAUACAACCUGGUUCCGAGACUAUGAAAAUUGGAUUUGCAUUGGAUGAAACUCCACUUUUAAUACCGAACUUGGUUGCAAUUCCAAAGAAAGAUGAUAGUAAAGGUCCAAGUACUGAAAGUAAAUUAAAUACAGAACAAUCGGAAGAAUUCGAAGAUUUGAAAAAUGAACUUCAUUCAACAUUUAAAGAAAGAAUGCGUUAUUAUAAACGUAGGAUUCAACCAAAUAGUCACGAACAAGUAAAAUCGUUCAAUAGAAAUGCACAGCCUGAAACUAUACUUGACAAUAAUGAUCCAGCACGUAUAAGAUGGAUUACCCAGAAUGACAAGGUUUACUAUGGAAAUGACGCACUUUUAUGUCCUGAAUCAUUUUUUUCACACAGGAAACCCUUCGGUACUUGUCGUAAUGGAGCAUUAUUCAAUUUAAUGGGCUCUUCGUAUAGUUCUGUUCAGGAAUUACUGGGAGAUGUCAUAAAACUGAUAGAAUUUGGAUUAAAUAAAUUGCUAGAAGCUAAAAAUAAGGAUAAAUAUAAGGCAAUACUUGUCAUACCUGAUCUUUUUGAAAAAAGCCAUGUGGAAGAAAUGAUAAGGCUACUAUUAACAGAGUUACCUUUUAAUGCAGUUGCCAUUAUUCAAGAAUCUUUGGCCACGUGUUACGGGGCAGGCAUUAGUACAUCUACCUGUGUUGUCAACGUCGGCGCAUCAGAAACUUCGGUUUCAUGUAUUGAUGAGGGUGUUGUUCUUGAAAAUAGUUUAAUUAAUUUGAAUUAUGGUGGAGACGAUAUCACUAGACUAUUUUCAGUACUAUUAAAAAUGAACAACUUCCCAUACCAAGACUGGAACGUAGAAUCUAUUGCAGGAUGGAACAUCGCUGAAACUUUGAAGAAGCAGAUUGUCACUCUUCAGGAUGCUGACGUCACCGUUCAACUAUCUAACUUCAUGAAGAGGGUUUUCAAUGAACCUACGGAGAAAUAUGAAUUCAAAACAUUCGAUGAAGUUAUGUUAGCACCCCUAGCUCUAUUUGCUCCUAGAAUUUUUAGCUAUUUAAGAAAUGAAGAAUCUAAAAAUUCAACAUUACAAUAUCAGCUACCUGAAUCCAAAGACUUGUUUACACAUGAACUAAAUGAUUGGAGAUCGAUGACACAAGAAGCAUGCAAAAAUAAUGGAUCAUACUGUGAUAUAAGUGACGAACUUCAGCUUCUCACAGCUUUAUUAGAAGUUGAUUCAAAAUUAGAGGCAUUCCAAUCCGAAGCCACCACCACUUUAGACAAUAAGAGGAAUAUGCUUCCAUUAGAUAAAGCGAUAAUACAAAGUAUUACUGAUGCAUGCCUAUCUUUAGAUCCUAGCAAGAUGGACUCAUUUUAUUCGAAUAUAUUAGUCGUGGGAGGAAGUUCCAAUAUUCCUGCAUUUGAUUUUAUGCUCACAGAUAGAAUAAACAUUUGGAGACCAAGACUCCUGAGCUUAAGUUCAUUUCCCCAAUUUUAUAAGAACCUAUCCAAGGAAAUCAAAGACCUUGAAAUGGAAAGUCAAUCAACCGCAAAACUUCAGGCACAAACGGGAAGUGUUGUUCCGACGACUGGUUCAAGUACUCCAUUAGCCACAAAUGCUGGUAAUGAUGGCGAGACAAUGGCAGAUUUGAAUGAAGUAUCUAAGAAGCUGAGUUCCAAUAUAAACGACUUAAUAAAAACAAAACUACAAGACUAUAUUUCCAAUGUUGAAUCUCAAAACAGUAAUGAACAUUAUUUCCCGGUGGGUGUAGUUCCACCUCCUCGUGAUAUGAGUGCAGCGAUAUUGUCCUGGAAGGGUGCAAGUGUCUUGGCACAAAUCAAGCUAGUGGAAGAAUUGUUCAUAACCAAUUUGGAUUGGGAUAUGCACGGAAGUAGAAUAUUACAACAUAAGUGUAUCUUUACGUACUAA